AUGGCAAUGUGACCGCCGAAAUCCUCGCCAGCCGCCGCAGGACAGAGAUGACGGUGUGAUCGCCGAAGUGCCGGGGAGUCCCUCCGAGCGCGGACUACCGAGGAGCCACGAGCGGGGGGGCUCUAAAAUCGGGGAGAGCCUCACGUAUUAGGAAGAAACUUGGGGGCAGCGCGCUGCGGGGCGGGCAGCAGGCGGGGCAGGGCAGCCCGCAGCCACAUGGUAUAUUGCAUAUUGUAUAUUGUGUAUUGUGUAUUGUACACAGUGCCCGCGCCGCUCUGCUCUCCCCUCCCGGCGCUCCCCGGCCGCGUCCCCGCUCCGCUCCCCCCCGCAGGCGGCGCGAUGGGACGCGCCCGGUGCCGCUGCCCGCCCGCCCGCGGCUGUCACUCGGCGCAGGCAGCCCGCGGCCCGUGCGAGGAGUGAGCCCCUCGGCCCUUAGGAUGACUCACUGGCGGCUGCCAUUCAGCUCUCUUUUCCUCGCCGUGGACGGAGAACAGCCAAAAAGCUACACUGGACUAGACCAAGGGGAAGGAGGCAAGACACAUGACAAAAAUCAUAGAGUGAAAUAGCUGGAAGUCCACCCACUGGGAAAGGCUGGAUGGCAGAACCACUGUGCAAAGCUGCUGUAAAGAAAUGCAAAGAAACUAUGCCCCAGACGCCAAUAUUUUCCAGCAUGCUUGGUUCCAGUUGUAGUGGGCAAGUGCAGCCAGACAUGGGAGAGAGAUGUGUGGACCCUGUUUAUCAGGAUGGGAACCUUGUUUCUGGAUCUCUGGAGGCCUUGAUAGAGCGCCUAGUGCCCACCAUGGACUAUUACCCAGACAGAACUUACAUCUUCACUUUCCUGCUGAGCUCACGAGUCUUCAUUCACCCCCAUGAGCUCCUGGCUAAAGUGGGGCAGAUCUGCAUUAAACAGAAGCAGCAGCUGGAAACGGGGACUGAGGCAGAAAAGGCAAAACUAAAAUCCUUCGCUGCCAAAAUCAUUCAGCUCCUGAAGGAAUGGACUGAAACUUUCCCCUAUGAUUUCCAAGAUGAAAAAUCCAUGAAAGAGUUGAAGGAGAUUGCUCACAGGAUCACACAAUGUGAUGAGGAAAAUGGAACAGUGAAAAAGAUCAUUAGCCAGAUGACACAGAAUCUCCUGAUGGCCCUCUCUGCACGGAGCCAGUACCAGGAAAUCAGAGAGAAAUUCCGUCAGCCUGUUACUGACAAGGGCACCAUCCUCAAAACCAAGCCCCAGUCAACUCAAAAGGACAUCCUGAGUGUGUGCUGUGACCCUCUGAUCCUGGCCCAGCAGCUGACCUACAUUGAGCUGGAAAGGGUGAGCAACAUUUACCCAGAGGACCUGAUGCAGAUUGUCAGCCACAUGGACUCCCUGGAUAAUCACAAGUGCCGAAGUGAUGUGACCAAAACCUAUAAUUUGGAGGCCUAUGACAAUUGGUUCAAUUGUCUCAGCAUGCUGGUGGCUACAGAGAUUUGUCGGGUUGUAAAGAAAAAGCAGCGUACAAGAAUGGUGGAAUUUUUCAUUGAUGUGGCAAGAGAAUGCUUCAACAUUGGAAACUUCAACUCAAUGAUGGCUAUUAUCUCUGGCAUGAACUUGAGCCCUGUGGCACGGCUAAAGAAAACCUGGUCCAAGGUCAAAACAGCCAAAUUUGAUGUUUUAGAGCAUCACAUGGACCCGUCCAGCAACUUCUGCAACUACCGCACGGCGCUGCAGGGCGCGGCGCAGCGCUCGCAGAGCGCCAACAGCAGCCGCGAGAAGAUCGUCAUCCCCGUCUUCAACCUCUUCAUCAAAGACAUCUACUUCCUGCACAAGAUCCACACCAACCGCCUGCCCAACGGCCAGAUCAACUUCAAGAAGUUCUGGGAAAUUUCAAGACAGAUUCAUGAUUUCCUGACAUGGAAGCAGGUUGAGUGUCCUUUUGAAAAAGACAAGAAAAUCCAGACCUACCUACUCACAGCACCUAUUUAUAGUGAAGAAGCUCUGUUCAUUGCAUCCUUUGAAAGUGAAGGUCCAGAAAACCACAUGGAAAAAGACAGCUGGAAAACACUCAGGACAACUCUGCUUAAUAGAGCCUGAGAGUUUUGGAUCAGAUUUGCAGACUUUGAAGCACAUCUAAUGGACAUGUUUUUACAACCUGAAUGAAAGACUUGGACUGAGCUAAGAAAGACCUCACUGGAUGAGGUCUGUUUUGUACAUACAGUAACUUUUAUGAAAUAAAAUGUGGUAAAUAUUUCACAUGUCAACCUUAAGGCACUUACUGAACGGUUUUGGUUUUUUAUUUUAAAUAUAAGGGCAGGGCCCUGUUCUCAGAGAUGAAAUGUAUCAUGGGAGAUGGUAUCUUAUUCUAUCAGCAUCCAAAUUUUUAUUUUUUAUUACUUCCACCAAAACAAAUACAAAUUAAAACACACAUCCUAACUGAAGCCAGUGUUCAGGUUAAAUACCCCAUUGGACCAGUAUCCUACAGAACACUCAGUUUGUCUCCCUAGCUUUGAGAUGAAGGCUCUCCUUCCAAUCAGCAGAAUUGUUCACAGAUUUGUUCUCAAGUGUUUGUUCCUCUCCUCCAUCAGCAAAUAGUGCCUUACAAGGUACUGAGCUUGUGUAGUUGUACCUUCUGACUGGGCUGGAAGUAAGGGAAAUAAAAAUGUGGAUGUCUCGAAACCAGCUACAAUGUACUUUUUAAAUAAAGUGGAGAAUUAUGGCACAUGAA